AUCGAUACCGAUAUUAAUUUGUUUGUGGAUAUAUUUUUUGAUACUUUUAAAAAAUAUAUUCGUACCAACAUCGACUUCUAUUCACUUGAAUUUCAUUGGUGCAAAUAAUGCCACCAAUGUUAACAAGAACAUCGAAGUAAGCGGAACCAGUGCGACAAAUGUUAGUAGUUAUAAAAGAAGAAGAAAAAUUCAUGUGCCGAAAUUUAUGUUGGAGUUGUAUGAGAAGAAUAAGAUGGGGAAUAUUUCAGGUAUGAAAAGACCUGAUAUUGUUAGGAGUUUAAUACCGACACACGCAGAACCCAUUGAAGGUAAUGAAAUUCUUGAACAUAUUUCCGAAAAUCAUCUACUUAUUUUCAAUAUACCAUCUUCACCUGAAGACGAACAAUUUUUAAGUGCAGAAUUAAAAAUACUCACUCUUCUCGAUAUUAAUUCCAAUAACGAAAUAGGAGUGAAGAGAAUAUUGAAAAUAUCCAUUUACGACGAUACUUUUAAGAAUCUUCUAGACUUUAAAGAAAUUCAAAUUCACCAUUUCAAUAAUUCGUGGAUAUCUUUCGACGUAACUGCACCAGUAAACGAUAUACUAAACAAAAAUUCCAAAUAUUUGAAAAUAGUUAUAGCCGUAUACACUUUUAUACCGCAAGUCAAUGAUAACUUGAAAUUAUCCCUAAUGCCGGUCGAUGAAGAUUUUGAACACGAUUAUCCCGUUUUGUUGUUAUCUUAUUCGUCUUCUAAAACCAAUGAUAAAUUCGUAAUAAACGAAAAAAAAGUGAUACCAACGUCGUUCAGAAAAAAGCGUAGCAUCGAAGAUGAUUACGAGGAAGAAACAAAUAGACUAUGGGACGACGAUAAUUUGACUAAAAAAACGCAACAAAUAAAGAAAUUGAAAAGAUUACGAAACAGUUGUAAGAAAAAACCGUUAUACGUGGAUUUUAAGGAAAUUAAUUAUGACACGUGGAUCGUUCAACCAAGCGGCUACGAGGCGUAUCAAUGUCAAGGUCGUUGUUUCUAUCCAGUUGCAGAACAUCUGAAUCCUACUAAGCACGCUAUAGUACAAGCACUUCUGCAUAGCGUAGCGCCUUCAAAGGUCACCAGAUCCUGUUGCGUCCCAACAGUUUUGGAUUCUAUUUCUAUUUUAUACGUAGACACUAAUGGGGUUCUUACUUACCGAUAUGCUUAUAAAGAUAUGGUGGUAGCGGAAUGUGGUUGUCGAUAACUAUAAAUAUUUUGUUAUAUUAUAACACCUGGAUGUAUUUAUAUAAAUAAAUUAACAGAAAUUUGGAGUUUAUUUAUAA